AUGUCUUUCACAACUCCAAUUUAUCCAGGUGUCAACCUUGAAGCUAACGAGGGACCUCUAUUGAAGGCAGUAUCAAUUGCUUUCAUCUCCUUAACCGUUUACACUAUUGUUAUCCGCUUCCUCUCCCGCCGAUACACCCAAACCACUCUCGGCCUUGAUGACUUACUCAUCCUCAUUGCGGCACAUAUUGCUAAAUCAGAUCUAGAACAUCUGGAAGCUUAUUUGGAAGGUUUAUACGUAUUAGCGAUUAUUUAUUUAGUAGCUCUUAGCAUGAGCAAAUUAUCGUUACUAGCGCUUUACUGGAGGGUUUUCGCUAUCACCAGAGAUAGAAUCCCCAUUCUCGUCGCCAGCGCGUUGAAUGGGGCGUUGAAUGGGGCGUGGUAUGUUGCUGCUCUCAUUGUGGGAAUUUUUCUGUGCCACCCGAUUCCAGCUUUCUGGGAUCUCACCGUUACUGCAAAAUGCAUCGAUUACUCAAUCUUCUCUACCUCUAACGAAACAUUCACCAUUGUCUUUGAUAUUAUGCUUCUGUCCAUUCCGGUCUGGUUCAUUGCCCAAAUCAAGAGGAUGAUAGGGGAGAGAAUCAGUGGUAUUAGUACUUUCCUAUUAGGGCUUGUCGUUACGGUAGUUGCUACUGCUCAACUCUGGCGAGUGGCGAUUGUGCAAAAAAUGCUGCGGCUCAAUCCCACUUACGCGGGCCUCUGGGCAACAAUAGAACUCAAUCUCUGGAUCCUCGUCGCCUCAAUCCCUACUUUCUGCACGUUACUCAUCAAAAUCUGGAGCCAUCACGCUGAUAGAAAAGCUGGGAGUAGUACUAGUAGUGGCACAUCAUCAGACUUCUCUUUGAGUAAAACAGGGAAUACGGGGACUUCCUUUCAAAAGAGACCAAGUGAUAUGGUUACAGAAAACGAACCUGUGAUUGGAUCUGGGAAUGCGCAAGGAUAUCAAGGAAGUGAAGAAGAUAUUGAGAGACUUGGAAGGUGUGAAAGCGCGGAAGUCCGGGGGAGUGGUGACAGUGGAUUUGAAGAUGGCCUGGGUACUCGGGUCGCGGGUGUGAAUCCAGACUCAGAGAUGGAGGUAGAGGGAUGA